AUGGUAAGACCGAGGACGGACGCGUUUCAGGAAUCGUACAAUAUGCAGAAAGAAUCAUCUGCGUCGAAGUCUAAAAGGAAAAGGGUUCAUGUUCCGCACAGCGAGCGUCCAACUGAAUUUGUUGCACAGAGGAAUGAACGUGAGAGAAGUCGCGUCCAUAGUGUUAAUGAAGCAUUUAUGGCACUAAGGAAACAUGUACCAUUGAAAGUGAAGGACCCGUCAAAAAGAGUUUCAAAAGCAAAGAUACUCCAGGCUGCGAUAGACCAUAUUUACAACUUACUAGACAGUUUAGUAAAUACAGAAACACAAGAGAACUGCUCAACUGCGCAAAAUUGUCUACAAAACAACCAACCCAAAAAGAAAUCGAAUUCGCCAACGAAAAAGCGCCACACCAGGAAACAAACGUUAAGCAGAAAGAUCAAAGACAUUUCAAAGGACGACUUUAUUUUCGAAUGCAACUCCGAUACUAAAGAAAAUCAACACCGUGGCAACACUGAUGAACUAUUAUACACUGAUAAUUCUCAAUAUCAGCCUCAGAUGGUACUUUCACAUUAUGAACAAUAUUCGCCAAAAGUGUUCGACCAAUAUAUCCCCGAUUUCCAAAUGCAACAACAACAACAACAACAACAACAACAACAACCAUAUUCCAAUUCGCAAGUUGGCACUUAUGAACAAUACCAUUCACCACCACAUAAUGAAACUGAAGAGCGUUAUAAUUCGAUGGAGUUCGCAUUCCAAGGAUUCAAAGAACAACAACAUUCGGAAUCCUGGACGACUAUGGAAACAACAGCAUCCCAACAAACAGUGACAGAAUAUUAUCCAAACACCAUUCAAACAUUCCUCCAAGAAAAUACUACACCUUAUCAAAUGACAGAAUCUUGGAUGCACGGACUUCCACCGAGUCCAAAUGAUUCCGGAUUCGCAGACGACAAAUCAACAUCCAGCGUUUCUGAAAUAUCGUUUCCGAUGACAGAAGGUGACAUUUUGGAAGAUAUAUCACGCGUCUUAAAAAGUCCUGAAGAAUUUGUGAUAUAAACUGA